CUGCUUUACAGGAAUGUCAGAGUGAGUUGGGGGGGUCCAGGCUAUACAGACGGAUAAAUAGAGGAGAGUUUCAGUGACCAGGGACAGCUGCUGAUCACUUCAACCACAGAAAACCCUCUCAGAGCAGUCAUGUGGAGGUCAGUCCUGGUGCUCAGUUUGCUCUGUUGGGGGACCGACGGGGCAGUGACCUGCAAAGACGCGAGAAACAACGCAGUACCCUGGUACAUCCUGUAUAAGGCCCCCUCCCUACAGGCCAAGUACCUGACCGGUCUGGAGUACCUGUACAUCGAUUCAACUACAUCGACAGAUGUCGAUCCACAGCGCUACAAUAACAUCGCUGACAGAAACGGCGUCCUGGCAAACACUCUGCAGCCCAUGUUCACUCCCAUCAGAUCCAUGCCGGCUACCUUUGGAUUCAUCAGCUACAGCGAUCAGCCUCCAGGAAGCAGAGCUAGUGACAAGUUUGGCCACAGUAAAGGGGUCCUGAUGAUGGAUAAAACCAGCACUGGAGUCUGGCUCUUUCACAGCACACCUCAGUUCCCUUUCAGGAGAGACCGGGAUCAUUUCUGGCCUGACAGCGGAACGACUAACGCCCAGAUCUUUCUCUGUGUCACAUUCCCCUACAGCGAGUUCAGUAAGAUAGGCACACAUCUGCAGUACAUCAGAGCUUACCCGUUUGAGCAUGAUCUGCCAGCGGACUUUCAUCAAGAACUUCGGGACGCUGUGAACUGGGUCUCAGCUCAGCCAUCCAAUAACUUCAUGACGUUGAUGUCAACCGACCCGUUUCAGAGAUUUUCCAGCAUCGCUAAACGCACAUCAGAGCAGCCAAAAGACGGAGAUCUUUACGUCACCCUUGCACAAAGACUCAACAGUGACGUUCACGUCUAGACGUGGGGCGGCCAGCGUGAACGUGCACGUUCGUUUUGCUCUGCUGGUUAUAAGAAAGUGUUGAACGUCAAGAGUAUCUCGACCUCCCUGGGUGACUGGGAGCCUGGGAACGACCACUCUAAGUGGUGUGUGACUAAGAGCCAAAAUAUCCCACGGGUCUGUAUCGGUGAUGUAAACAGGGCGACGACACAGUACCUGAGGUGGGGGGGUGCUCUGUGCGUUGAAAACGAGGGGACAAGAAACAUCUUCCUGCAGUUUGCUGGGGCACCUGAGG